AUGUGUCAUCGAAGUGUUCGAGAAUUUGAAAGAUUACUGUAUAGAACAGAGUUAUUGACUGAUACAGAAGACAUAAAAGCAAAUAUAGUGGCAGUAGAAUCUAAAUUGACUGAAUUGAGGAAUUUAAAUUUACUUACACCCAAUCAAGAACUUGAAUACACAAAAACCAUAUCAGAUAUUAAUCAGAAAAUAGCUCCAAAGACACCUAUAAAGAAGAAGAAAGCCAAAUCUAUGAUAAACAGUGAAGAAGUUUCAAUAGCGGAAGAAAAAAAGAAACAAAAUCAAUUGACAGACGAAUUUAUGAAACUUACCGAAAAACUCAAAGAUAAAGUUGUUGAAGUUGGAGCCGCAUUAAAAGAUGAUCAAGAUGUUGUUGAAAAUGUUCAGAAAUCUCUUGACAAGAAUCUCUUAAACAGCGAAAAUGUCCAAGGCGAUUUAGAUGAUAGAAUUAGCGAACAGAUCGGUUGGAAAGCCUAUAGAUGGCUGGCUGAAGUUGUUAUUGCUUAUCUUCUUAUAAGUUUCUUCUUUACAUAA